AUGGAUAUUGAAAACAAUUUGUAACUUGGCUUGCUUCAGUGCAAAGGCGUCCACACAGAUUUUGGUGGGUAAGUGCUCGAUGGUCAUAAAGGGCCGCUUAAAGGUUAAGUGCGGGGGAGGGAGGUGGCUAAAAAUAGUUGUCAAUAGGAUAAUUGUCCUUGCCAAAAGGACAAGCGCUGGACCAAAAUGAGCACAGUUUUCGCCAAGGCCCAGAGGGAUGGUGCUUGAGCACGACUUUGAGUCUGUCUGUGCACGUGUUACUUUUUCCCAUCUAUACCAACGAUUGAUACGCAAUCAUUUUUUUCCCCAAAGAUUCCCAAAAAUAUUUUACCUGUGAAAAUGUAUUCCUAGUUCCCUUGUUGAAAUUGUGAGCACCCGAGUACAGCACAAUAAGGAAGUAAUGUUGUUUAUCGUGCCCUCCUCAAACACGGAACGUGCCUACACUUUGCCCCCACUAGCUUGGAGGUUACCUGGGCACGGAACUUAAAGGGGCGUGUCGUAUCUACCUGGAUUUCAUACCUAUGCGCGCUCCGCCAGGCGGUCAGGCAGGAAACAAGGCAAACGGAGGCGGUGGCUUGGACUAAAGUCCCUCUCAACUCAUUAAAACUCUGAAAUUAACACACGUUGGCCGCUUUAAAUCGUACGUCCGUACUACCGAGCAACCUUCUUUUAUUUAACUUGUGAUUUUUUUUUUUUUUUUUCAAUUAUUGUUCUUACUUUUGCCUACGUAUGACCUGGUGAGCUGGGCGAACACACCUGCGUGAUUUAGUUGCAGCGCGUCCUGCAGGGAUGUGUUCCAGUCGGCGUAUUUGCGGCAGCGGCGAGCGCCCCGCCGACCGGUCGUCUCGCCCCGAGAGCGCCGGUUCGGGCGCUCACUAUGCCCUGUGCGCCCUGGGAGUGGGCCUCAUCGCGCUGGGCGUGGUCAUGAUCGUGUGGACGGUGAUCCCCGUCGACGGGGAGGCGUCGGGCGGCUCCGGCAACUCAUCCGGCAAUGUCACAGCAAGCGGAGGCGAUGACGACGACGGCGAAGAAGAAGGGGAGCUCUCCAGGUCGUCGUCCAUCGCCAUGGUGCUGGUGGGCGUCGGCCUCGCCUUGCUGCUGUUGUCCAUUUGCCUCGGCGUUCGGAGCAAGCGGAGAGCGAAUAACAGCAGCGAGCAAAAUACUGCGCCGGGGGUGUCGACCUUCAUGGACCACGUGGCCGGCGAGCAGGAAGAAGUUCCGGAUCCAGCCGCAUUCAACGUCCCGACCUACGAGGAGGUGGUCGGCAGCAGCGACUACCCCGUGCGUCACAGCAACCUCCGCCAGAGCAACACACACCUGCCGUCCUACGAGGACAUCCUCGCCGCCGUGGAGAACGAGGGCAGGGAGCAGCCGGCCGAGGACUCCCCUCUUAAUGAUGCGGCGCCGCCCGCCGCCGCCGAGCACCAGGCCGACACCGCCCGUCAGCCCAGCCUGCCGGCGCGCAGCGGCAGCCGGGCCAGCCGCCUGCUGCGCCCCCUGCGGGUGAGGCGGAUCAAGUCGGACAAGCUCCACCUGAAGGAUUUCCGCAUCCAAAUCCGCAGCCCCACGCACAACCCGGUGACCAUCGAGCCCAUCACGCCCCCGCCGCAGUACGAGAACGGGCCGCCGGAACUGGGCUGAACGCAAUUAUCUCUGGACUGAUAACACCCCUGAGAAUCCAGUUUUUCCCAUUGUUGGUACUAAAAAAAAAGUAGGUUAGAUGUUGCUGGGACCGGCCAAGGAGAACAGUCACAAGACCUUGUCCUUGCCAAGGAACUUGGUCAGAUGUGUUCUGUUACCUGGCGUGUCUGGGCCUCUGCGACUUGGACCAAAACGUCCUUCAUUUAAGUCCGACGUGUAACAUUUAUGAUGAGGGUGCAAGUGUCGCGUUUCCAGGGGAAAUGAGUAGAAAACGAUGACGAGCGAGUGGGACGUGUACAAAGUUGUCGUAUUUUUGUCUUAAUGAAGAAGAUGCACUGAGGAUGAGGAAUUCUUUGUGAAUGUGCUUUUAAAUGUCUUUAAGUGGCUAAAGUUGAACAUUUUCGAGUCGAGUGUUCCUCUUGGGGGGGGGGGGUCAAACGUCAAAUAAGAAGAUGUGGAAUAUUACUUGUGGUAUUGGAAUGAGGUAAAGGUUUGCAUUCUUUAGGCAUUUUGUUUUCAAAUAAAUCUUUCUGUUGCAUUAAGCUUUUAAUUAGACAGUUUAAAGCAGUGACUUCAAUGCAA